ACUAAAAAGCGCUCUGAUUCUUUAUUCCCUUAUUAUUAAUUAUUAUCCUCAUCUUAUCUCCUUAUGGUAACUCCGACUCCGGCUAUAAGUUGGUUACUAACACGCCCUCGUUAGUCAGCAGAGCUUAUCCUGCACCUUUUUAUCGACGAAGCCGAGCAGCAGCAGCUCUUUCUUCUUGUUUCUGGCCUUGUCCUUACCCUGUGCGGCAGCUGAACCACGAUUGCCCCGGAAAAGAUGCUGGAGGGCAAUCUCCAGGCGAUUCUGGGAGACUCCCAGCUGUCUCGGUCGUCGCAGACCCUUGUGUCUCCAUCCGCCUCGCGUCGACACCAGCUCUUCUGCGGCAAUGCCGAGGGCUGGGGUCCAUUGAGUCCCUACCUGUUCGAUCUGACGCCAUGUUUCCUGGAUCUCACCGUUGCCCUGGUGGCCAUCUUUGGCCUGGUUCUGGGCGCCGGAGCCCUGUGGCUUCUGUUCAACAAGCGGUCUCCGCAGCCGGUGCCGAAGAAUUGGCAUUUCUAUGCGAAACUGACUGUGUUGGCUACUCUGAUCCUCGCCACGGCGCUGCAAGCUUCCCUUCAGGUCGAGACGGACACGAAUCUCGGCUUCACUGAUAUCCGCCUCUGGGCGUCAAUCCUGACACUGGCCUCCCUUGGGGUCAUUUAUGCCGUUCAAUACUACGAACAUUGGCGCAGCAGACAGCCUAACGGCGUCGUGCUCUUCUACUGGGUCUUUUUUAUCGUCGUGUACGCUAUCAAGCUGCGUUCACUCGUCGCCCGCAAGCUGUACGAAGACCAGCUGCCGUAUUUUAUCACUUUCUGCGUGAGCUUGGGUUUGGCAGUUGUGGAAUUCCUCCUUGAAUAUCUCGUGCCGAAGAAGCAGAGUGCGUACGAUGCGCUGGGCGACGAAGAUGAAUGUCCCUACGAGUAUGCCGACGUAUUCUCCGUCCUCACCUUCAGCUGGAUGACGCCGUUGAUGAAACACGGGUACAAGAACUUCCUCACCCAGGAUGACCUGUGGAACCUACGCCGCAGAGAUACCACGCGCACUACGGGGGAGACCUUGCAGAAAAUCUGGGAGCACGAGUUGACCAAGAAACAGCCCUCCCUCUGGCUGGCUCUGUUCAAGGCGUUUGGCGGCCCCUAUUUUCGCGGAGCAAUCAUCAAGUCGGGAAGUGACAUUCUCGCCUUCGUUCAGCCCCAGCUUCUCCGCCUUCUCAUCAGCUUUAUCGACUCCUACCGGUCGGAAAACCCCCAGCCGGUCAUCAGAGGCGUGGCGAUUGCGAUCGGCAUGUUCCUGGUCUCCGUAUCGCAGACCAUGUGCCUCCACCAGUACUUCCAGCGAGCUUUCGAUACCGGUAUGCGCGUCAAGUCCGCCCUCACCGCUCUGAUCUACUCCAAGUCCCUCAAGCUGUCCAGCGAGGGCCGUGCGUCCAAGACCACCGGCGACAUCGUCAAUCAUAUGGCCGUCGAUCAGCAACGUCUUGCCGAUCUGACCCAGUUCGGUAUGCAGCUCUGGUCCGCGCCUUUCCAGAUGAUCCUGUGCAUGGUCUCUCUCUAUCAGCUCGUGGGCGCCAGCAUGUUUGCAGGUGUGGCUGUGAUGAUUCUCAUGAUCCCACUGAACGGGGUGAUUGCUCGAUUCAUGAAGAAGCUGCAGAUCGUUCAGAUGAAGAACAAGGAUUCCAGGACCCGGCUGAUGACCGAGAUCCUCAACAACAUCAAAAGCAUCAAGUUGUAUGCCUGGAAUACUGCUUUUAUGAACAAACUCAGUCACAUCCGCAAUGAUCUAGAGCUCAAUACGCUGCGCAAGAUCGGAGCGACGCAGUCCAUCGCCAACUUCACCUGGCAGACCACGCCCUUCCUUGUCUCUUGCUCCACCUUCACGGUCUUCGUCUUGACUACCGAUCGACCCAUGACCACCGAGAUUGUUUUCCCUGCGCUGACGCUCUUCAACCUGCUCACCUUCCCUCUGUCCAUCUUGCCGGUCGUGAUUACAUCGAUCAUCGAGGCGAGCGUGGCGGUCAAUCGCUUGACGGAUUACUUCACCGCGGAAGAGCUCCAGCCCGAUGCCGUCAACUUCCAGGACCCUGUCACCCAUGUGGGAGACGAAUCCGUGCGUGUGCGUGAUGCUUCCUUCACCUGGAAUCGCUACAAGGAGGACUGUGUCCUGCAGAACAUUGAUUUCAGCGCCCGCAAGGGCGAACUGAGCUGUAUCGUCGGCCGUGUUGGCGCCGGCAAGUCUUCUCUGCUCCAGGCUAUGCUGGGCGAUCUGUGGAAGAAGAAUGGCGAGGUGGCCAUCCGCGGUCGCAUCGCCUACGUCGCGCAACAGUCCUGGGUGAUGAAUGCCAGUGUCCGUGAGAACAUUGUCUUUGGCCAUCGAUGGGAUCCGCAUUUCUACGACCUGACCGUCGAGGCUUGUGCCUUGGUGGAAGACUUCAAGACCCUCCCCGAUGGCGACCAGACAGAAGUCGGAGAACGAGGCAUCUCGCUGUCCGGUGGACAGAAGGCUCGUCUGACCCUGGCUAGAGCCGUGUAUGCUCGUGCGGACAUUUACCUGCUGGAUGAUGUUUUGUCGGCGGUCGACCAGCAUGUCGGCCGUCACCUCAUCAACAAGGUCCUCGGGAGCAACGGUAUCCUGAACGGCAAAACUCGGAUUCUCGCAACCAAUGCCAUUCCUGUUCUCAAGGAGGCCGACUUCAUCGCCUUGCUACGCGAAAAGACCUUGAUCGAAAAGGGCACCUACGAACAGCUCAUGGCCAUGAAGGGUGAGAUCGCCAACCUCAUCCGGACCACUUUGGCCGAUUCGGACGAGGAAGGGUCUUCUACCACCAGUGGCACGGAGGAGGACAGCCGCGGUCUCGCCAGCCCCGAAAGCUCAGAGGUCGCCACCGUGACCGGGAACGACGACUCUGAGGAUUCCGAUCUUGACGAGGCCGAACGGGAGAUCGGCUCGCUUGCCCCCAUCCGAGCGGCCGCCGACGGUCCUCGUCGUACGAGCACGGCGACUCUCCGCCGGGCCAGCACAGCAAGCUGGCAGGGCCCGCGCCGCAAGCUCGCGGACGAGGAGAAUGUCCUCAAGAGCAAGCAAACCAAGGAGUCCUCGCAGCAGGGUAAGGUGAAAUGGAGUGUUUACGGUGAAUAUGCUAAAAACAGCAAUGUGAUUGCCGUCUGCUUCUACUUGUUUGCCCUUUUGGCCAGCCAGACGGCUCAGGUUGCAGGGAACUUCUGGCUGAAGAGAUGGUCUGAAAUGAAUGAACGACAAGGGGUGAACGCCGACGCUGGCAAAUAUGUUGGCAUCUAUCUGGCCUUUGGCUUGGGAUCCUCCUUGUUGGUUAUUGUCCAGAACCUGAUUCUGUGGAUUUUCUGUUCCAUCGAGGCGUCACGCAAACUUCAUGAGCGGAUGGCGUUUGCGAUUUUCCGCUCCCCAAUGAGCUUCUUUGAAACAACACCGUCCGGUCGAAUUCUCAAUCGGUUCUCCAGUGACAUCUAUCGAGUCGACGAGGUCCUAGCUCGUACUUUCAACAUGUUGUUUGCCAAUUCGGCACGGGCGCUGUUUACUAUGCUAGUGAUUGCCUUCUCUACCCCUGCGUUCCUGUUGCUUGCCAUCCCAUUGGGGUGGGUUUACCUCAGCUAUCAGAAGUACUAUCUGCGGACGUCGCGAGAGUUGAAGCGUCUGGACAGUGUGACCCGCAGCCCGAUCUACGCGCACUUCCAGGAGUCGCUGGGGGGCAUCUCGACCAUCCGUGCGUACCGACAGGAGAACCGGUUCGCCCUGGAGAACGAGUGGCGCAUGGACGCGAAUCUGCGCGCGUUUUUCCCGUCGAUCGGGGCCAACCGGUGGCUGGCGGUGCGGCUGGAGUUCAUUGGGUCGAUCAUCAUCUUUGCGUCGGCCAUUCUGGCCAUCAUCUCCGUCACGACGGGCAGCGGGCUCUCCGCGGGCAUGGUCGGUCUGGCCAUGGCGUACGCCCUUCAGAUCACGGCGUCGCUCAACUGGAUCGUGCGGCAGACGGUCGAGGUCGAGACGAACAUCGUCUCCGUCGAGCGGGUGCUCGAGUACGCCAACCUCCCGAGCGAGGCACCGGAGGUGAUCUUCAAAAACCGCCCGACCAUCGGAUGGCCGGCGCAGGGAGCCGUCUCGUUCAAGAACUACAGCACGCGAUAUCGGGAGGGUCUCGACCUGGUACUCAAAGACAUCAACCUCGACAUCAAGCCGCGGGAGAAGAUCGGUGUCGUCGGUCGCACGGGAGCGGGCAAGAGUUCUUUGACCUUGGCCUUGUUCCGAAUCAUCGAACCAGAUCAAGGAAGCAUCAGUAUCGACGAUCUCAAUGUGUCAUCGAUCGGGCUGUUCGAUCUACGCGGGCGUCUUGCGAUCAUCCCCCAGGAUCCUGCCAUGUUUGAGGGCUCCCUGCGUGACAAUCUGGACCCGCGUCAUGUCCACGAUGACACGGAGCUUUGGAGUGUACUAGAGCAUGCCAGAUUAAAGGACCAUGUGGCCAGCAUGGAGGGACAGUUGGAUGCCUCGAUCACAGAAGGAGGUUCCAAUUUGAGCCAAGGACAGCGCCAGCUGGUCUCUCUUGCGCGGGCGCUUCUGACACCCAGCAAUAUCCUUGUUCUGGACGAAGCGACGGCUGCGGUGGAUGUGGAAACGGACGCUCUGCUGCAGCGCACCCUGCGGAGCAGCGUGUUCCAGGAGCGGACCAUCAUUACGAUCGCACACCGGAUCAACACGAUCAUUGAUUCGGACCGGAUUGUAGUUCUGGACAAGGGGCGGGUGGCCGAGUUCGACACGCCGGCGGCCCUGAUCCAGCGCGGGGGGCAAUUCUACGAGCUGGUCAAGGAGGCGGGUCUGUUGGAGGUGGCGGCUUCGUCGUAAGGGAGAGAGGGAGUCCCGAGUUUACAGGAGGCUAAAGGCUGUACCGAACUCUCACUGGUCGGGGGAAGCGGGAGCAAAGCCCUGGCGGCGCGAAGAUCUGGAGGGGAUUGGCAAUGGCUUGCUGCAACGCCCUGUCUGUCAUUCCGGGGGGUUCCCGGUCCUGUCUCUCUGUCUGUGCGUCUCCCCCGGCGGGGACGGAAUACACCGCGUUCUCCGUGUAUGUAUGUAUGUAUGUAUG